ACAAAAGUAGGCUCUCUGCUCCUCCUGUUCGACAGUCAGCCGCAUCUUGUUUUGCAUUGGCAGCCGAGCCACAUCCCUGAGACACCAUGGGGAAGGUGAAGGUCAGAGUCAACGUAUUUGGUCGUAUUGGGCGCCUGGUCACCAGGGCUGCUUUUAACUCUGGUAAAGUGGAUAUUGUUGCCAUCAAUGGCCCCUUCAUUGACCUCAACUGCAUGGUUUACAUAUUCCAAUAUGAUUCCAUCCAUGGCAAAUUCCAUGGCACCGUCAAGGCUGAGAACGGGAAGCUUGUCAUCAAUGGAAAUCCCAUCACCAUCUUCCAGGAGCGAGAUCCCUCCAAAAUCAAGUGGGGCGAUGCUGGUGCUGAGUACGUCAUGGAGUCCACUGGAGUCUUCACCACCAUGGAGAAGGCUGGGGCUCAUUUGCAGGGGGGAGCCAAAAGGGUCAUCAUCUCUGCCCCCUCUGCUGAUGCCCCCAUGUUCGUCAUGGGUGUGAACCAUGAGAAGCAUGACAACAGUCUCAAGAUCUUCAGCAAUGCCUCCUGCACCACCAACUGCUUAGCACCCCUGGCCGAGGUCAUCCAUGACAACUUUGGUAUCAUGGAAGGACUCAUGACCACAGUCCAUGCCAUCACGGCCACUCAGAAGACUGUGGAUGGCCCCUCCGGGAAACUGUGGUGUGAAUGUCAAGAUGAUGAUGAUGAAGAUGAUGAUGAUGAAGAUGAUGAUGAUGAUGAUGUCCACAGUGUAGGAGAACAUGGCAAUAAUGGUCUUAUUAAAGCAGAAUCAAGCACUGGACCCAAGGACCACUGUUCAACUGGUGAAAAAUCCUUCCUCUCUGGAUUCUUCCCCUUGGAUCCUGUAGACCAGAGUAUUCUCAGUUCUGACACCAACUUUGCCAUGUACACUGUAGGCAUCAUAGCAAAUCCUAGCUCAAAUAGUGAAAAGCUUAUGUCUCCAAACAGCAAGGCAGAGGAAAUCUCUGAGGCAGAUGUCUGCCGAAGGCGCUGCAGCCCUCUGCCCUCUCUUCCAGAAGGCCCUCCCCAGCGACAGAACAAUGGCUCCAAUCAUGCCAGGGAGCUCCGCAGGCCUCCAGGUUGGCUUCCUUUCAGUGUCUGUUUAGUUCAGGGGCCUCGUCUUGUGUGA